AUGAAUUCAUAUCAAGUUAGUCUCCCACUACUUAUUUCAUUUUUCUAUGUCUUCUAUCAAAUAGUUAUUGCAACUGCAACUCCACCCGCAAAUAAUUCAAGUGGAUACAGUGUUUUGCAAAAACACGUUGCAUUUUUUGAUAGGAACCACGAUGGAAUCAUCUAUCCAAAAGAAACUUUUGAAGGAUUUAGAGCGUUGGGUUUUGGAGUUGUAGCAUCAACAAGCGCUGCGGCUUUAAUUCAUGCCGUUACUAGCCAAAAAACUCGUCCGUUUUCUAUGUUUGUGGCUUCAAAAUUUGAAGAAAUUUUCAGCAAGCAUGCAAAACAACAUCCAAAUGCUUUAACUUCUGAUGAAUUGAAGGAGAUGCUUAAGUCAAAUAGAGAGCCUAAGGAUUUCAAAGGAUGGCUUGCAGCUGAAUCAGAAUGGAAGAUAUUAUUUGAUCUAUGCAAAGAUAACAAUGGUUUACUCCAAAAAGACAUCGUAUAUUCUGUUUAUGAUGGAAGUUUGUUUGAACGUCUCGAAAAGGAACACUCAAAAAUCAUGAAUAAUAAUUAAAUAUGAUUUCUAUUGUAAUAAUUAAGAUUUCUAUUUAAUUGUGUUAUUAAUAAUACUUAACACUUAUUAAAUAUGAUUUUCAU